AUUCAUGGUUGUCAAAUCCUGGAAACUGUUUACAAACACAGCUGCGGAGGUUUGCCUCCUGUUCGAAGUGCACUGGAAAAAAUUCUGGCCGUGUGUCAUGGGGUCAUGUAUAAACAGCUCUCUGCCUGGAUGCUACAUGGACUCCUCUUGGACCAGCAUGAAGAGUUCUUUAUCAAACAGGGUCCAUCUUCUGGUAGUGUCAGUGCCCAGCCAGAAGAGGACGAGGAGGAUCUGGGCAUUGGGGGCCUGACAGGAAAACAACUGAGAGAACUCCAGGACCUGCGCCUGAUUGAGGAAGAGAACAUGCUGGCCCCAUCUCUGAAGCAGUUUUCUCUACGAGUGGAGAUUUUGCCAUCCUACAUUCCAGUGAGGGUUGCUGAAAAAAUCCUGUUUGUUGGAGAAUCUGUCCAGAUGUUUGAGAAUCAGAAUGUGAACCUGACUAGAAAAGGCUCCAUUCUGAAAAACCAGGAGGACACUUUUGCUGCAGAGCUGCAUCGGCUUAAGCAGCAGCCACUCUUCAGCUUGGUGGAUUUCGAGCAGGUGGUGGAUCGCAUUCGUAGUACUGUGGCUGAGCAUCUCUGGAAGCUGAUGGUAGAAGAGUCAGAUUUACUGGGCCAGCUGAAGAUCAUUAAAGACUUUUAUCUUCUGGGACGUGGAGAACUGUUUCAGGCCUUCAUUGACACAGCUCAACACAUGUUAAAAACCCCGCCCACUGCAGUAACCGAGCACGAUGUGAAUGUGGCCUUUCAGCAGUCAGCACACAAGGUGCUGCUGGAUGAUGACAACCUUCUCCCUCUGCUGCACUUGACGAUCGAGUAUCAUGGAAAAGAACAUAAAGAUGCUACUCAGACAAGAGAAGCGCCUCCUCGGGAAACUUCUCCACGGGAAGCCCCUGCAUCCGGCUGGGCAGCUCUAGGUCUUUCCUACAAAGUACAGUGGCCACUACACAUUCUUUUCACUCCAGCUGUUCUGGAAAAGUACAAUGUUGUUUUCAAGUACUUACUGAGCGUACGUCGAGUACAGGCUGAACUGCAGCACUGCUGGGCCCUACAGAUGCAACGUAAGCACCUCAAGUCCAACCAAACUGAUGCAGUCAAGUGGCGUCUAAGAAACCACAUGGCGUUCUUGGUGGAUAAUCUCCAAUACUAUCUCCAGGUUGAUGUGCUGGAGUCUCAGUUCUCACAGCUGCUUCAUCAAAUCAAUUCUACCCGAGACUUCGAAAGCAUCCGACUGGCUCACGACCACUUCCUGAGUAAUUUGCUGGCCCAGUCUUUCAUCUUGUUGAAACCUGUGUUUCACUGCCUGAAUGAAAUCCUAGAUCUCUGUCACAGUUUUUGUUCACUGGUCAGUCAGAACCUGGGCCCACUGGAUGAGCGUGGAGCCGCCCAGCUGAGCAUCCUUGUGAAGGGCUUUAGCCGCCAGUCUUCACUCCUGUUCAAGAUUCUCUCCAGUGUUCGGAAUCAUCAGAUCAACUCAGAUUUGGCUCAACUACUGUUACGACUGGAUUACAACAAAUACUAUACCCAGGCUGGUGGAACUCUGGGCAGUUUCGGGAUGUGAACAUUUCUGGUUCAUAAACUGAAAUAACAAUCAAUCCAAACAUUCCCAAGUCUGUAACAGAAGAUUCAAAACAAACAUCCCAUUCUCUAACCACUCACCAACAUCUGCAGCCUAGUUAGAGGGCUCUACGUUUUGUCCUUGAAGCAAUUACUGAACACCCAGAGGUAUAAAUCCUUCCCAUCAUAUCCAUGCGAAAGGGGCCUGCCCCUCCUUGGGGGAUUCUUCACUCACCCAAGGAGAGUGUGUGUUGUCAGGUAUCCCUCUGACUUAACAAGGGAUCCUUUAUGUUCUUAACCUUUUAUGUUAAGAACAUUUGUUGGAUACAUUCAUUUAUUUCAGCAGUUGUGAACUGAGGACCUACUAUGUGCACACAUACUGUUAAAGCUAUGG